UGUAUACACCUGCAGGGGCGAAGGGCGUCGUGUGCACGGGUGGGUUUGCACAUUUGUAUAUGCAAGUCUGAGUGCAGACAGGUGUCGGCUUCAUGUCCGGUGCACCGAAUGUGUUCUCAGCUUCAUGUGUGCAUGAGCGUGGACCUACGUGUGCCCUGCUGAGUGCACGUGAGCAUAUGCACGCCCCGCCCCCAUCACGUGACGAGACUGCCUUGGUCCUGUUCUCCCCAUCUGGAGGAAGUGGGGGUUGCUGCGGCUGUGCCUCCAGGCCAGUGCAUGUGCACCAUUCUGUUCUGAAGAACAUGAAUGAUUGAUGGGGGGCGGGGCUGACUGAAGUCUUACCCUCCCAGUGUAGCCUCAGGUUUAAGGUUACUGCUGGACCUGGCGAGCCUGCUGGGGGGCCUGCAGGAAUGUCCCCAUCCCUGUCACUCUUGAGUUCAUCUGAAACCUCAGGCCCUUCAAGGUCAUUGCCCGCUCCUAGGGGAGCCCUGCCAUUCCCACUGGGGUUCCUGGUGGGGUAAGGGUAAUCACACACUAGUCUGCUCUGGAGUUUUCCCUUUCCUGCAAAGGCUUGGGCAUUUGGGAUGAAGACCCCUCACACUCUUCUAUGCCUGAACCUCCAGAUGGCGUCAGCCACAGACUCACGCUAUGGGCAGAAGGAGUCCUCGGAUCAGAACUUCGACUACAUGUUCAAGAUUCUCAUCAUUGGCAACAGCAGUGUAGGCAAAACAUCCUUCCUCUUCCGCUAUGCAGAUGAUUCCUUCACGCCUGCCUUUGUCAGCACGGUGGGCAUAGACUUCAAGGUCAAGACCAUCUACCGCAAUGACAAGAGGAUCAAGCUGCAGAUCUGGGACACAGCAGGGCAAGAACGGUACCGGACCAUCACUACAGCCUACUACCGGGGCGCCAUGGGCUUUAUCCUCAUGUACGACAUCACCAACGAGGAAUCCUUCAAUGCUGUGCAGGACUGGUCAACUCAGAUCAAGACUUACUCAUGGGACAAUGCCCAGGUGCUGCUGGUUGGGAACAAGUGUGACAUGGAAGAUGAACGGGUGGUGUCGUCAGAACGUGGCCGACAGCUAGCUGACCACCUUGGGUUCGAGUUCUUUGAGGCCAGCGCCAAGGACAAUAUUAAUGUCAAGCAGACUUUUGAGCGCCUGGUGGAUGUCAUCUGUGAGAAAAUGUCCGAGUCAUUGGACACAGCAGACCCUGCGGUGACUGGUGCCAAGCAGGGCCCACAGCUCACGGACCAGCAGGCGCCCCCGCACCAGGACUGCGCCUGCUGAGAGCUGCCCUGCCCCUGCCCCCUCCCUGCCCCCAGGGCCUGCCCAGGCCCCACUGCCCAGGCGCCAGACCCCUGCCCUGACUUCCCCAUCACCCUUAUUUAUUAUCGUAGCUAUUUAUUUAUUUAUUGGAGAUGUCCCCAAGGGCUCAGAUGUCCCACCCUGUACAUACAGCCCUGUCCCCACUCUGCCGUGGCGUGUUGUGACCCUGUGAACUCACCGCUCACCUCUCCAGACCCCCUCCCUUUUUUUAAUUUGCCCCCAUCAACACUUAAUGGUUUGGAAGAGGAGGCCAGAUGACACCCAGGCAGGCUGAUCCAGUGAUGGGAGGUGGCCAGGCCUGCCGGCCCCUCGGCUGGGACUCAGUUGUCAAGACUACUGCAGGGGUCUCGGCAUGGAGCACAGUGGGGCAGAGCCAGGCAAUGACCCACCUGGCUCCUUGUUCCCCAGGUUUCAUCUGUUUUGGGAGUGGGGGGCUACUGUGGGUACUCACCACCCUGGGACCCCUACCCCUCAUACACCAGACCUGUUCUGAAGUCAUGAGUGUCACACCUGCCUCCCAGUUCCCCAGGAGAUGUCAUGACUACACUACACACACCCAAUAAAGCGAAUGGAUCACAGUCUCCUGUGAACACUAACUCUGGUCAUGCACAGGAUUUCCAGUUACAGAGAAUUUAAUGAUAUUUCCAUAGUCCAUGAUUAGUGCUGAAGACUGCAGACUGCUGGGCCCUGCCUAAGCCUCCUGAUUCUGAGGGCUAACUCCAGGCUGGCCCUCACCUUGGUCCCAGGGCCUGAGGGGAACAGAGCCUACCUAGCCCAUGGCAGUGUUGGUGGGUUGGAGCUGGCUGGGGUACAAUGCUGAGGACGGGUUACCUCAGGCACCGGCCACUAAGGGCUCAGUGAGGGCUGGGGGAUGACUGUCCAGCUUUAUGAUUGUGUUUCAAAUGGAGAAAUAGACCUAGUGAUAGGUUUGGAAGG